CUAAUUGAGUUGCUGACUGAACGCGUCGGAUUGUGCAACGAGGAACUGAAUUGCCGACGACAGAAGGAGCCGAUCCAAAACAGUUGAUAUCCGCUAGGAUGGCUCCCAGAAGGGAGAUACUGGAUUCUGAGGAUGAUGACGACGACGGCAACUUCAGCCCUGUGAAGAGCCCCGUCAGCCACUGUCUGCCAGGCGAGAUCACGCUCACAGUGGAUGGCGCACCCAACACGGAAAACACCAGAGAGACCAGGUCAACGGAUCCGUCUUUCUUCCAGAGCGUGUAUGACGAACAGCAGACUGCGGCAGAUGGCAGGAUGGCUGCGCCAGAAAGGCAGAACAUCAUCAAUGACGCCACCAGCCUGGGCAUGUCUCCCCCUUCCACGGCUAGGUUACGCCAUCAAGCUGGGGAGCGUAAUUCUUCCUCGCUCACAUCAAUCACUGAUCCACUUCAUCGUCGAUCGAAGGGGAGCGGAAGGAAAGACGUAAUUGAUCUUACGCAGGUCACCACUCCUGGAAGACCGAGAUUAAGUGAUCAUACUGACUUAUGGGAUAUUCCCAGCAGUCCUGCCGCGCAAGCGACAGGAAAUGCGGGUAUGCAACCUUCUCAUGCUCUGAGAACGUACGGGAAAAGAAAACGAGGGCAAGGCUCCAGCCCUCACGAACGCGAGGUAUUGGGCCGUCCUGUGCCGUCAGUGGCCGAGACUCUCCCCGAUGGUUCCCCUAGGGUGGCUAAGAAACGGGGAAAGCGAGACCAACAGACCACACUCUCUCGGCCAAGCCAAGAAGUCGAACUUGUGCUGGUUCCGGGGACCGAGGAGAAUCCCCAGGAGGAGGAUCCAAGUUGCGGCAACCCUGAUGGCAUCUCGAGCACCUUUGUGAAAGACACGCUGGAUACUUCAGGAGCAGCCUCGCUAUACGUUGCCCCAAGCGUUCUGACGGCCAGUCAAAAGCGGCAAUAUGAAUUCGUCAGCCUCUCAUCCGAGGGCGAUAAGGACGAUAUGGACAUGUCUUUGCUAAGGGGCCUGCAGAGGCCGGAAGCUGCACACGCAUCAAGUGGAACAACGACAAUCGCAUAUACUACGCCAAGUCGAUAUACUUCGUCUGGACACAGAAAUUCGACUCUUGAAGACGUCGCUGGACCUCCAUCAACUGGUCAACGGAGGGGAAGCAGAGCAGUUAUUGAGGACCCGCCCUCUUCGCCAGAUAUCAUCUCCCAGCCAUCCACCAUGGCCUCCCGAAAGAGAAAGCGGGGUGCCGCUCGGGCAGAUGACUAUGCUUCAUCGGAACCUAGUGCUCCCAGGGAACCAUUGAUUUUGACCCAGAGGUCUUCCAGGCGCACUGGCAGGUUUGGGUCUAUGCAAGACGAAGUACCCUUGAAUCUAGGGUCACAAGGUUACGAACAGGAACGAGAUGCGGCGAUGCCAAAUUCGCCGAGGAGAAGCCGGGCCAGAGCGCCCAUCGAGACCAAUUCGAUGAAUGAAGGGCGACCUUCAUCCGCUGCUGCUGAGACUGGUCACGGCGGAGGCUCGACAGCGGAGGCUGGGGUGAUAGUUGAUAGGGAUGAUAUCGAGCCGAACCUGUCCACACACCCGAACCAAGCUGCCGAGGAGCCUUCGGCAAUUACUCACGAUGAGCCCAAGCCGAAAAAGAGGGGUCGGAAGAAGAAGGAGGUAACCGCCCAAGAACCGGCCGAGGCACAAGGGGCCGGAGUUGGCUCAAACGCAAACUCGACCGAAGACCCAGUACCACCAGCUGAUGGUGGAGAUGGGAUAAGCAAGGUGAAGAGAAAACGAGGACGGCCGCGGAAAUCGGAGACAACCAAGCCUCCAGACCAUCAGGUCCAGUCUGUCAAUGAAUCAGAAGGGCCUCACGAACAGCAAGACACACCUGCCGGCAACAGCACGGAGGUUGAGGUUGCUGCUGCGGCUGGUGUCAAUACCACACGUGACGAGCCCUCUGUUCAGGAUCAACCCUUGAAGGAGAUGGAUCGGAACUUAUGCGGAGCUUCAGAGCAACGGGACGCUGGGCCAGCUGUGGGCAGCGAGGUAAUUUCAUUGGCGAAGGCGAGCCAGGCAGCUGAGAAGCGCGCGGAGCAGAGGGCUGGGAAAGGGGACGGACAGACCGGGAAAGUGCAGUAUCGAGUGGGCCUUAGCAAGAGAUCGCGGAUUGCGCCGUUGCUCAAGUCCUUGCGCAAAUGAACCAAAUCCCGACUUUUAUCUGACGGCCAUUGCCGGUCCUUGGGAAGGAAACCUGUUGCACUGUGGAUGCGCGAUAUCCACCACCGGGCGCAUC